CUCAAUUCAGCCCCAUCGCUCCCAACCCCCAGCCCUAAUUGAUUGAGACAUCCUCAGCCAUCGCCGCCCCCAGCCAUCGUCGCCCCUAGCCAUUGCUUCCCCCAGCCAUCGUCGCCCCCAGCCAUCGCCCCGCCGGCCGCCAGUAUCGCACUGCGCACCGCCGCCGACCAAGCCUGCACAGCGACCGCACUGCGCACCUCUAACCGCACAGCGCAAAGAGGUAAUGUUCUAUUUUUAUUUUUCUUGAAAUUAUUUUUUGUGUGAAAUCUUAAAUUUGUAUCCAUGUCUCCAUCAGCGUGGGUUUAAUCACUUAAUGAUCUUUCUAUUAUGCUACUUAGUUAAAAAUUGAAAUCGUAAUCCCAUUUGUGACUUUGUAUUAAGAUUUUGGUAUUUAUUCGGUUAUUCCAGUAAACUGGUAUUAAAAUUCCUAACUGGAAUUUAUUCCACAGUUUACUGGAAAACUGGAAUUUUAAUUCCAGUCCAGUUUACUGGAAUGAACCCAGUAAACUAGAAUUUAUUCCAGAAAUUCGAGUUUAACUGGAAAUUUCAUUCCACUUACUGGACUUAAAGUGGAAUGAACCCAGUAAACUGGAAUUUACAGUUCAACUAAACAUUCUGCUAAACAUUGUAAGCUCGAAACUGGUUCAGUGAGUCCGAUUACAAAUGGUUCAGUGAUAUUUUGCCUAUGAAACAUUCUGCUAAACAUUGUAAGCUCGAAACUGGAAGUGGGCACGGAGAAGAUGAUAGUGGCGGUAAGAGUUGCCGCAAAUCAGAGAGGGAGACUAUCUUCUGCAUUGCAGUUACCAUGGCUUCUCACCCAUAGCGCAACCUUAAACUCUCAAUCCAUACAUUCAACUCUUUCAUCGCCGGAAUCUCAUCAUUUUAAUCCAGACUAUCAAAUGCUCAUAUGCACUCUUAAAGCUUGCAAACAUUCCCACAAUUUGAGGACUACAAUUGGAACACAUGGUCGAAUGAUCAAACUUGGAUAUGAAAUGUAUCCAUCCCUUCUGUCAUUGUUGAUUGUAGUGUAUUUAUCAUGUGAGUGCCUCAGUCCUGCACGCCAACUGCUAAGUGAAAUUUCUGAAUGGGAUUUUGAUGUGGUUCCUGGAAAUUUGAUUAUUGCGGGUUUCAUGAAGAUGAGGGAAGUUGAUGUUGCAAGGAAACUAUUUUACAAAAUGCCCAUCCGAGAUGUGGUCACAUGGAACUCAAUUAUAGGAGGUUUGGUAAAAAAUGCAUUGUAUAAGGAGGCACUAAGUAUCUUCAGAAAGAUGCUGAGAUCUGACAUGGAACCGGAUGCAUACACGUUUUCAUCUCUAGUCACGGCAUGUGCGAGACUUGGAGCUAUUGAUCAUGCUAAGUGGGUUCAUAAUUUGUUGAUUGAGAGAAAAAUUGAAUUGAACUACAUUUUAUCAUCUGCAUUGAUAGAUAUGUACUCUAAAUGUGGAGAUAUUGAAACAGCUAAAGGAAUUUUUUACCGUGUUGAACGCAGUAAUGUCUGUGUUUGGAAUGCAAUGAUUAAUGGACUAGCAACUCAUGGUCUUGCUAUAGAAGCUCUUAAGAUUUUCUCAAAGAUGGAGGCAGAAAAAGUUGUGCCUGAUUCUAUAACCUUUAUUGCACUUCUAACUGCAUGCAGUCACAAUGGGUUAGUUGAAGAGGGUCGGAGAUAUUUUGAUAUAAUGAAACAGCGUUGCUUGAUUCAACCUGAACUUGAACAUUAUGGAGCAAUGGUUGAUCUGCUGGGGAGGGCUGGACUUCUUAACGAAGCUUAUGCAAUGAUCAAGGAAAUGCCAAUGCAACCUGAUGCUGUUAUAUGGAGGGCAUUUCUUAGUGCUUGUAGAAUUCACAACAACUCUGAGUUGGGUGAAGUUGCUAGCACAGAAAUAUCACAUCUUAGCAGUGGAGAUUAUGUUUUACUGUCAAACAUAUAUUGUUCCAUAAGAAAGUGGGAUAGUGCUGAGGAAUUGAGGCAUAAAAUGAAACAGAAAGGAGUUCGUAAAAGAAGUGGAAGAAGUGGGGUGGAAUUGGGUGGCGUUAUUCACCAAUUCAAGGCAGGCGAUAGAUCACACCCUGAAACAAGCAUUAUAUACAAAUCAUUGGAACUGUUGAUGAAACGAACCAAAAUGGAGGGUUUUAAUCCUGCAACUGACUUGGUGUUGAUGGAUGUAUCUGAGGAGGAAAAGGAGGAAAAUUUGAAUUUCCAUAGUGAAAAGUUGGCAGUGACCUAUGGGAUCCUAAAGUCAAGUCCUGACACUUGUAUUAAGGUUACAAAAAAUCUUCGGAUUUGUCCUGAUUGCCAUUCAUGGAUAAAGCUGGUGUCAAAGGUGUUAAAUAGAGUGAUAAUUGUAAGGGACCGGAUCCGUUUCCAUCACUUUGAAGGUGGUUUUUGUACUUGCGGAGACUAUUGGUGAAAAUGUUUGGGGAUUUUGAAGUGCAACUAGGGGUGCUCUUUGAUGUUCUAGAAGAAAACUGGUUACUGGAAGCUAAAAUGUUUGAAACUACAACCCCCGCCAUGCUCACUUGUCAUUUUACUGAAACAAGGUGAGGGCUUUGUUCUAGAACAUCAAAUCACAAGGUCUAAACUAGUCCGUGGAAGAAGAGAUGCCUAUAUGCCAGGAUUUGCAGCUUCUGAGCCGUGAUUUAUUGUUAACCGAUCUGGAUUGAGAUUGAGAUUAACCGGAAACUGGUUUGCAUGAAUGUCAUGAAGUAGGUUUGAUUGGAAGCUCAUUUGUUCAGUAAGCAGUAUUUUGGAGAAUUUUGGAGAAGAGACCAAGGUUCGAAAUUCGGUAGCGGCAGUGUGGAGAUUGUGCUCAAAGUGAGCAAAUCUCUUGUGUGCACUAACAUUUGGCCCUGUUUGCUGAGGUACUAAGUUACCUUAAUUUACAUUUUCUUAAAUGCUCUGUCGGGCCAGGAUGUGGAGUGAGGCCCUGAGUGUUGGGAAUUCAACCAACCUUUUGGGCAAGAAGGUUUGAUUGCAAGCAUUUAUCGGAACUUACUGGUAUUACCAUGCAAUUAAAAGUUUAAAAGAUCUCACUUUCUUCUUGCUAUUGUUGUCAAUAAAUGUGUAAACCGCUCGAUCUUGUACAAUGUCCAAAAUAGACCUGCAAUAAGCAAUUUUUUUAGGUUGUGUUUGAUUGGAGACUUUUCUAUGAGAUUUGAUACUCAUUA